CGGCUUUGACACCAUAUAUUAUACGUGCGCUUCUUUGAAUUUGGAUGUGUAGAAUGUUUCUGGGUUCAGAUCUGCGACUGGGUAUUCCAUACUAUGAAUAUUUAUUGAUUAUUUCGAAAGUUUGGAUUUUUGUGUGGUUAAUAUAUGUGUUUUAUAUUUACGCCGGGGAUAAGCUUGAUUGCAACGAUGCCAUGAGGGGAGUAUGGAGUUUGCUGGCAGCGCUUGGUAUGGGUUUUCAGGGAUUUUGGGCAAUGUCUAAAUUCUCAAUGUGGGGGACUGCUUUAAAUGCCAAAUAUCAGCUGGGAGGGUUUCAUCAGCACUUCUAACUGCCUUUCACAACUUGGACGUGGAAGAUAGCUUUCUUGCUAAAGGCUUCAAAAUCUUUGCUCGUGAUAAAAUGGAAGUAAAAAUGUUUCAUCAAACUGUCCAGAUUCACUCCAAAAAUUGCUGAAUUGUUUUACAAGAAAAGAUCUUUCGAAACUUUGCUUCACGGAAAAGAAGAAAUUGGCUUCAUCCAAGUGUAAAAUGUCUGAGCAACCACCAAAGUCAAGCAAGAAAAUUUUGAAGGGUCAGGAACAAAAGAAAUCGUCUUCUAGUCCCAAGGAUCAUCUUUCAAGAAAGCAGCAGAGGAAAGGGGAAAACCCCGUCCGAAUACCACCAGCCACAGAGCAGUGUUCAGAUUUUAAAUGUUCAAGUUCAUGGAUCUGCAAAAAUUCUGCUUGUCGAGCUUCUAUUUCAAUAGAUGACACAUUCUGUAAGAGGUGCUCUUGCUGUAUUUGUCACUUGUUUGAUGAUAAUAAGGAUCCAAGUCUUUGGUUGGAAUGUGCUUCAGAGUCUGGUCAGGGAGAAUCCUGUGGAUUAACUUGCCACAUUGAGUGUGCCAUCCAACGAGGGAAGGUAGGGGUCGUUGAUCUUGGACAACUAAUGCAGCUAGAUGGGAGUUAUUGUUGUGCUUCGUGUGGUAAAGUUUCUGGAAUACUCGGGUUUUGGAAGAAACAACUUAGCAUAGCAAAGGAUGCUCGCCGUGUUGAUGUCCUUUGUUAUAGAAUAUACUUGUGUUACAGGCUCCUCGAUGGGACUUCUAGAUUUCGAGAGCUACAUGAAAUCAUUAAAGAAGCCAAGGCAAAAUUGGAAAUAGAGGUUGGCCCCGUGAAUGGAGUUUCAGCCAAGAUGGCCCGGGGCAUUGUUAGCAGGCUUUCUGUUGCAGUUGAUGUGCAAAAGCUUUGCUCUCAAGCUAUUGAGAAAGCAGAUGAAUGGCUAGCUACAAAGCCCUGUGCUGCCCCUAACCUCGGAGAGGGUUCACGCCCAGCAGCCUGCAAGUUCCUUUUCGAGGAAGUGACAUCUUCUUCAGCUGUUAUUGUACUCAUAGAGCUGUCCACUGCAUCGUCAGAAGAUGUCAAAGGCUACAAGCUCUGGUACUGUAGGAAUAGAGAAGACGUUUACACAAAAGAGCCACUUUGUGUCUUUCCAAGAACUCAGAGAAGGGUUUUGAUAUCUAAUUUACUUCCCUGCACAGAAUAUUGCUUUAGGAUUGUAUCAUAUACAGAGGCAGGUGACUUGGGACACUCUGAGGCUAAGUGUUUCACAAAGAGCGUUGAGAUAUUCAGUAGAAACGUGAGCCCGACUGAUAGAAAUCACGGUAAGGGGAAUCUAGACACUGGAGGAAGCUCCAAGGCUAUAACAGCAGUGGAGUCGGAUUCUGGGUUCAAGGUCCGUGACCUUGGAAAGAUCUUAAGGCUAGCCUGGGCUCAACAGCAAGGCUGCUCGGAGGGCUUAUGUGGAGCAGAAAUAGAAAAGUUUUGUGAAUGCAACAAUGUUAAACCUAACACCGUACAAAAGGACCAUAAACCUUCUGCUUCUCGGCAGCUUGACUUAAAUGUUGCUUCAGUUCCUGAUUUGAACGAAGAGUUAACCCCUCCUAUUGACUCUUCUAGGGAUGAAGAUAACGGGUGCACGAUUGGGCAAACCGUUGAGGCAGACGAUGCUGUCUCUCAUGACAAUGAGAGGAAUGGUGUUGCCGGGUCACAUGGGACCCACGACUUUGUAGUUGAUUCCAAGGUGGAAGGACGGAAGAAGAGGGCAGCUAGCACCACCAAUGGUGAGACACACGACUCUGAUAGCACACUGAUAAAUGGAUCGCCAAUCCAAAUUCAGAACGGUUCAGGGUGCUUUGACGAAAGCUUUGAAUACUGUGUAAAGAUUAUACGCUGGCUGGAAUGCGAGGGUCACAUAAAGAAGGACUUCAGAUUAAAGUUGCUUACUUGGUUUAGUUUGAGAUCAACAGAGCAGGAACGACGGGUGGUGAACACCUUCAUUCAAACUCUCAUGGAUGAUCCGGGUAGCUUAGCAGGACAAUUGAUUGAUUCUUUUACGGACAUCAUAUCCUGCAAGAGGCCUCGCAAUGGCUUUUGCAGUAGGCUCUGGCAUUAAAAGGUGCAAAACACAGAAUUGAAACUUAGUUUUAACAUUUAUUUUGACGAAUCGUUGCAGAAAAUCUUGCCCAUUCUCUCUGUACAGGCAAUAUUUUUUGUGAAGUUGCUAGUGAAGUGAUUCAUUGGUAGUGGACUGGCAGGCCUGUGUAGCUCAGCCUAUAAAACAUUUGGAUUCAAGAAAGCUUUUACUUUUGUGUAGGAAGGAAGAAUUGACUCUCUCCCUCCAGGAGGGAGAGAAUUUAGAUUCAAGAAAGCUUUUACAUUUGUAGGAAACCAUUUCUUGUUUCUCUGAAAGCACCCAAACUGAAACAUAACUCAAAUAUUUCAGUAUUCAUUUGGAUAAUACAUCAUUGUGUUAAGUUA